GUGCAAAAAUCAUUUCAUCUCCUUCUUCGCGGCUUCCCCUUCAAUUGGGGGUGGAAUGCGAUCGAUCCCUAGGGCUUCGUAUACGGCCAUGGCGGAUGGGUCUCCUCCUCCUCCGGUGCCGGUGCCGGUGCCUGUCGCGACGGCGGGGCGUGGAAGAACCCUGGAGGACCUCGACGCCGACGCCCUCGCCCACUGCGCCCGCCUCCUUGGCCCCCGCGACGUCGCCGCCAUGGCCAUGGCGUCCAAGCCUCUCCGCGCUGCCGCCUACUCCGAUUCCGUUUGGUCCCGCCUCUUCACGGAGCGCUGGCCAUAUAUAUGUGCGUCUUCCGGAGCUUUAGGAGUUAGAGAACAAUACAUCAGGCGGCACACUGCAUUACAACAAAUGAAGUUUGAUGAUCCGUUGGAAUGUUAUUUUACUGGAUACUCGAUAUCACCUAGCCAUAUAAUGCUGGACAGGAACGAUAUCUUCGUUGCUCAGGGCUCAAUUGUACAAAGGUUGACACUGGAUCUGCCUGGUGCUCUACCUGUGGCUUGUGAAACUUUGAGAUAUCAUGGAUCAAGGAUCACCUGCAUGAGAUUGUUCCCAAUAAUUAAUACGUCGCUGUUUCGAAAUGAGGCACAAAAUGACGAAAAUGUUUUGGUAACUUCAAGCUCAGACAGAACUAUUCGUCUUUGGUGGAAGGGUCGAUCUCACCGCUGUUUUAAAGGUCAUAAUGGGCCCAUUACUGCUCUCUCAGACAAAUUGCUUGGCGAUGGCAGGUCGAAAGUACUUGCCAGUGGAGCAGAAGAUUGCACUAUCCGCCUUUGGUCUCUUACUUCAAGUGGAAAAAUUCAUCCUCUAACAUUAACCUAUCAUGGACACGAGAAACCUUUGUCAUUUCUCUCCGUUGCUUGGCAUAAAGCUUCUCUUUUGGUCAGCAUCUCUAAAGAUUCAAAGGUCCGAGUCUGGGACACGUCUGCGUCGUCAUCUUCUAGUUCGUCAUCAUGUGUAGGGAGUACUUCCCUUUCUGGUUCACCUAUUGCUAUGAAAUGUUACGAGUCCCUCUGCUAUAUUGCUUCUGGAUUUCAAGUCACAGUGAUCGACUUGAGGACAAUGCGGAAAGCAUUUACGGCUGCAGUUCAUGGACCAAAAAUGUAUUCGUUUGAGAUGUUGCCAUCUAAAUGGUUGAUUUGCACUGGUGGUGAAGACAAGGCUAUGCUGUGGGACAUCCGAAGAUCUCAAGAAUCUCCAAAGUGUGUGGCAGAAUUGGAUUCGAACAGUAGAGUAGCAUUACUUCACAUGGAUCCAUACAAGGUAGUUACUGGAGGUCCAUUCGAUUAUCAUGUCAAUGUAUGGGAAACUGGCACCGGUGCCCUGGCAAAUACGCUGGAUUGUCGUGUGCCUGGUGAGCCCGAAAAGGUUUAUGGACUAUCUGCUAUGGCUGUGGCUGGGUGCAGAAUUGUUACUGGGGGUUGCGCGGAUGAUCCCGGAGCUUUGUACUAUAGGGAUUUCACAAACUGUUCUGUUCCUGUAUCUUCGCCGGGCCCCGAUUCUGUUUCCAAGUUUUGGGAGCCUCGGAGUUUGCCUGAUGACUAAGGCCUAGUUUGGUUAUGAUUCUGAUUUUGUUUAGUUUCUUUCAAUUUAAAUUUUACGUGACGGAGUGUGUCGACUGUUGGGACUUUCCUGUUUUCUUAAGUUAGUUCAAGUUAGUUUUGCAUACUCGGCUUGUAAAAGGAAUAGAAGUGAAAAGAGAGAAAAGAUGCUAAAUUUUCAUUUUUGUUGCCAAAUAGACCCACAGAUGUAUAUACUACAUACGAUCCAUUAUCUGCCGAUGCACUCUGUUCCUUAGAAUUCAAGGUCGAAAACAAAAGUUCAACCAAACAAGACCUAAGUUGUUUAUCUCCUUGUACCGUAGCAUGUUAAAUUUAGCGCUACGGACUUUGAUCUUUUCUGUAGUGUUCUUGGUUCAUGGACUAUCACAGUGUUGAAUGCUUAAUUUGAUUUGCUGUUGUUACUCGUA